AUGACAUUCGUUGAGCCCGAAAUCCUGGAGCAGCCGUCUGGCGCAACAACCGGCAUGUAUCUCUGUCUGACCAUCUGCGGGUAUCGCAAGCCUGGCAUGAGUGAGGAAGACUACCGCAACCACAUGGUGAAUAUCUCGGCGCCAAUGACUAAGGGCCUAAUGGUCAAGUACGGGGUGAAAAGGUGGACUCAGAUGGCCAAUGUUGCCGACUUUGACUGCUUCAGCCAGGUAGUGUUCAAGGACAUUGAUGACUACAAACGGAUGAAACAAGACCCAUGGUACAAGGAGCAUCUUGUUGGUGAUCACGAGAAGUUCGCUGAUACCAAGAGGAGUAUGAUGACUAUAGGUUGGGUUGAGGAGUUCGUGAGAGAUGGGAAGGUCGUUGAUGGCUUCAAGGACUGCUAG